GCCUAAAAUAUAAUUGAGAAUUGUUCAUUGCUGAUAUAUUUGGACAAAAAAUUUCCGAUGUCAAAAGAGAGCAAACUAACAUCCGGUGAGAUGAUGGAAAAUAAAACAUUUUCUGAGGAACAAGGGGAAGUGGUGCCUUUGGAAAUUCUCGAAAACUGUUUGUUAACAUGCAAACACGGCGCGUGUAAAUUUUCCUGCAGCUUCGCAAAUAGAGAGCAGUUUACAGAACACCUUAAAGAGUGUUUGUACGUACCGGUUCAAUGCCCGAACAAUUUCUGUUUAUUUAAAACAAGUAGAAAUGAUAUGAAGAAACAUUUAGAUGAAUGUCAAUUUUCUAUCGAUAAUUGUCAAGGCUGCAACAUUCAAAUUGAGCGCAAAAACAUGACAUUUCACAAAAGUGAGUGUCCAAACAGAAUAGUUCCUUGCAUGAAUAAGUGUUAUGGGUGCAAGACAGAGGUUCCGCUGAAAGAACUUUAUGUACAUCUCAAAACAUGCCAAUGGCCUCCGCCAUUUUGUAAAAAAUGUGGUGCAGAAUUGCGAAAAGACAAAAAAAUACAUGACUGUCCGAUGGACACCACAGAGUGCCAAUUUUGUAAUAAAGAAGUUCUUAAGAAGGACCUUCAACAUCAUUAUGAGAAUUGUUAUUAUAAGCGCCAGAGUUAUCCAAAGAAAUUUUUCAAUAUUGAAAGCGGGCAAUGUCAAUGCCUAUAUUGUGAUCAUAGAGGCUCAAACUCAAGUAUCGAAUAUCAUAUGGAAAACUGUAUAUAUAAACCAAUCAAAUGCGAUGACUGUGGCAAAAACAUUCAUUUAUUUAGUUCUUCGUCACACAAAGAAGUGUGUCCAAUCACUGUAUGUGAUAAAUGUGGGGACAAAAUAAAGAAAUCAUCGAAGUUGAAACACUAUCUUACAAAAUGUAAAGCCAACGAGGAUCAUUUUUCGUGCAAAACUUGUGAAAGGCGAAUAGAUGAAAACCUUAUAACUAACAUGAAAGAGAUGGAAGACAACCACCGUAUACAUGCCGUUAAUAUUCCAUCCUCAGCAACACGGAAACCAUCACUGACGGAAACAAUGCCUCCUACGAAACCCCCACCAUCAGUAAAAGAACAGCCUGAAAAUGAUCGUUGGUAUGCUGAUUUGAACCCGAAGUAUCUUUUAAGCUUGUCUGCUUCUCUACCAAGACGUACUAAACCACCAGCAAUGUCGUUGCCGGAAACGAACUUUUCAUGUGCAAGAAGUCGUCGGCGAUUUAGAUAUAUUAUGGAAACAGUUCAAGAAAAUAAUAAGGACUUUCAUUCAGCCUUGUCUAUGGGGUGCAACCACAGAUCUAAAAAUUUUACUGGUUAAAGGUAUGCAAUCAUCUUGACAUAGGCUCAAGCAAAUGUCGACAGGGGAUGCUUACUCGUUUCAAGCACCUGAUCUUAUUUAGGAUGUUUCAGAGAUUGUGUUUUCCUCUCUUCUGAACUUGUAUUGUUUUCAGAAUUAAUAUUUAUAUUUCCAUGUGAAGGAUAAAGUUUUGUUACAUGCAAGACAAACUUUGAAAAUUAAAGGUGGCUGAGG